AGAGAGAGAGAGGGCCGUGAGAGUCCCCCGUGUGAACUUAAAUAAAUCAUAAAAGCAUAAAGUUUUUAAGGUGAUUCGUCAGUUUCAAUUACGGGAGAGUCGAAGUGUGAAUGCACACGAGGUGCCGGAGCAGAGUUAGCUUUAUUGCCCGAGUUGCAGAGUGAGUGUAGAGCGAAAGAGACCAUCGGAAGAGCGCUACAUGUACGCGCGAUAAAACAAGGUGCAAAGAAGGCAAAUUGUUGUUUGAAAUUGAAACCCCAGUGGCGGCAGCAUAAUCCUGUCUGGUUGGUUGCAAUCGGCCAUUCGGUUCAGUCUGUUCUGUGGCUCCGCUCGUGUCGCGUGCUUUUAGUGGUAUGCUCCUCCCAUCGCAUCGGUGUAAAGCAUAGAUAGUCUAGAGACUUGUUCUGAAGAGGGUGAUUUUGAAUUGGCGUGUUGGUGGAAGUUUAGAAUUUGAAAUUGGUGUGUUUAGUGGUGAUUGAUAAGAGUGCUGAAUAUUUCAAGUGACUGUGUUGAACUUUCCAAAAAGUAGCCACCAUUUUUCCCUUCGACAUCUUCAACCUAUACUCCGCCGAUCUGGAGCAACGGAGCACCUCGCUAAGCCUGGAGGCAAACUGCCUUAAAAGGCGAAAAUGUAACAGCGACAUGGAGCGAGAACGUGAUCGAGAUCGUGACCGCGAGCGGGCAGAACGGGCCUCCGUCGGUGGAGAACGCGAUGUGAAACCUUCGCUGGAGCCGCGGGACCUUUCCGCAACGAGGCUGUUUUCCGCGACGCAAAUCAAAAUUAGCACUUCACCCACCACGUCACCGACGAUUUCCAACUCGUCCUCACCGACGCCGACGCCGCCGAUACCGGCCGUCUCGCCUGCCGUCACCGGUGUGGGCAGUGGAUAUCAUCACUCGAACCACAAGCAGAUUACAGGGAUCCCUUGCGUGGCCGCCGCUUCCAAGUACACAGCUCCGGUACACAUCGACGUCGGCGGAACGAUCUAUACCAGUUCGCUGGAAACGUUGACAAAAUACCCGGAUUCCAGGCUUGCGAAAUUGUUCAACGGCUGCAUCCCGAUCGUACUGGACUCACUCAAACAGCACUACUUCAUCGACCGCGAUGGCGGCAUGUUUCGGCACAUUCUCAACUUUAUGCGCAACUCCAAGCUUCUGGUGGCGGAUGAUUUCCCCGAUCUCGAACUCCUGCUAGAGGAAGCCAAAUAUUUCGAUAUUGUUCCUAUGAUCAAACAGAUCGAUCAGAUAAAGAAGGAACGAGCACGCAGUGGGAACGGGCUGCCUCCGUUCGGGAGUAGUCGACAAAGAAGCAAAUCCGGCUCACCGCACGAUGCUAACCACGACGUAGUUGCGCUACACAUCUCACCGGAUCUGGGCGAACGGAUUCUGAUCUCAGCCGAACGUUCGAUCCUGGAUGAAGUUUUCCCCGAGACCAAUCAAGCCAUACUGGACGCUCGAACCGGCGCUGCUUGGAAUCAGUUCGACGGCAGACAGGUCAUUCGAUUCCCGCUAAAUGGCUAUUGUAAACUGAACUCGAUCCAGGUGCUGACCCGGCUACUGAACGCUGGUUUCAGCGUGGAGGCCAGCACUGGCGGAGGAGUCGAGACGCAGCAGUUCUCCGAGUAUCUACUAAUCCGUAAAAGUUCAAUGUGAUAAUCUAAGUUAAACUGAAAGGGAGAUAAUGCUCAAAGGAACUUUCAAACUGAACUGUAUGUUUGGAACAUGUUUUAGCUAACUUUUAGCAAGCAGCGCUUAUUUUUAUUUAUUCUACUUGUAACAGUCGAAUGAUGGGAAGAGAAAAUGAACUAUGUCCAUUUUAAUGUAGUAUCAAGUGAAAUAAAUUAUCAAGACAAAAAAAAA